AUGUCCGCGGCUGCCCUGAAGCGGAGGCGGAAGAGAGAGGCAGCUCGCAAGGCGGAGCGCGGUGACGAGGCCGAGGUGCCUGCCCCUCCCUCCCCACACCCUGCUGAGCCGGACCUGGCACAGGGCAGGGCUGAUCCUGAGGCCACACCUCCCCCCAGCCCCAUUGCGGGCGUACCUUGCUACCAUGAUGAAGCUUCUGAAGAUGCCGAGGAGGAGGGGCCCCGAUUGUGCGGUAUCUCGGAGCUCCCGUGCCCUGCUGCCAUCCCUCAUGUGCCCAUUAUAGAGCCGUACAUAUCGGCUGGCCUGGCCAAGGAUAGAUCGAGCAGCAACGAGGAUCAGUGGCUGCUGAAAUCCAACAACUCCUGGGGAGUGGAGGGCAGCCAAGAACGGACCAGCUUUGCCGCAUACGGCAUCUUCGAUGGGCAUGGCGGGAGGAACGUGGCGACCUUUGCGUCCAACUCCCUGCUCAAGUCGGUCAUGGCGGCGGCGGAUGCCGCGUCGGGGCCCGGGCCGCGUGGCUUGCCCAGCCUGCCAGACGCGGACUCGCUGCCCGCUGGGCUGGCGGCCGUGGCCGCGCUGCAGUCCCUGCUGGCCCGACGCCUGCCCCAGGCCCUCGUCGACGGCUUCGAGGCCUGCAACGCCGACGCCUGCGCGCGGUUCAAGACCGGCGGCACCACCGCGACGCUGGCGGUCAUCGUCGGCUGGCACCUGCUGGUGGGCAGCGUGGGCGACAGUUUCGCGGUGCUGGACACGGGGUCCGAGGUGCUCACAGCCAGCGCCAACCACCGCCUGGAGGACAGCGAGGCAGAGGCGGCGCGCAUCCUGGCGUCAGGGGGCGAGGUCGCGCCCUCCACGGUCAACGGGCGCCCGGCGGGCCCCACCCGCGUUUGGCCGGGGGGGCUGGCCAUGUCACGCACGCUGGGCGACGCGGCGGCGGGCCCGCGCGUCCUAGGCACGCCGGAGGUCCAUGCGGCCGUGCUGCCGCCCGGCGGCGCGCGCCUGAUCCUGGCCUCCGACGGACUGUGGGACGCGUGCGCGCCCAAGCCCGCCGCGCACGCCGUGCGCGGGCUGGGCGCCCAGGAGGCGGCGCACCGUCUGCUGGCCAUGGCGGUGAAGAAGGACCGCCUGAAGGACGACGUGACGGUGGUCGUCGUCGACUUCCUGCCCGCGCCGGGGGCGGGCGCCUGCGCCGUGCCCCGGCUGGGCCGCGCCGAAGCGGCGGCGAGGGCGCCGGCCUGCGCCCCCGUCUGGCAGCCCCUGCUCCGGCCCUGCCACCGCCAGGCCGAGACGGCGGCGGCGGCAUGCCGGCGGGAGGUGGCCGAGGCCGAGGCUGCUGAGCAGGGGGAGCGAGAGGCGAUAGAGCGGCGCCUGGCCGAGGUGCACUCCAAGGCCGAGGAGCACGCCGGCGACGGAGUACAGGAGAGCAGCAGCAGCUCGGCAGAGACGCUGCCGGAUGCCGAGGAUGCGGCGGUGCACACUCCCACCCUGCACUCCGAGCUGCUGCACCUCCGGGUGUCGCCCGAGGACCUCAUGACCGCCAUUGCGGGCGAGGAGGCAGCCGGUGAACCGGCCCCCGCCACCCAGGAGUGGGAGGUGGUGGGCGAGAGGCCGGUCCAGAAGAGGUCCUCUUAA